AUGCGACCAGAUCUCCAUGCCAAGUGCGUCCGUCUGCACGCCGAGUUAUCUCGUCAUUCCCUUGCAUGGCCAUUCCUUGAGCCCGUCGACCCUGUACUGCUCAAUAUUCCAACGUAUUUUGACGUCAUCUCCCAUCCAAUGGAUCUCUCUACAAUGGGCACGAAGCUUAAUAAAAACGAAUACAACGAUCCCGUUGAAUAUCGCGCGGAUCUGUUGCUCAUGUUUGCCAAUGCUAUCGAGUUUAAUCAAGACGAUGAACGAGAAGACUCAGUGGCUAAUGUAGCACGCUUCUUCCAGCGUGUGGCACUGGAGGAGUGGGAUCAAUUCUUUUCCGAAGCCGCUACGACGGAUUGGGCACUUAAAGCUGAAAAACAAGCACAACAACGUUUGAUUCAACGAGCUAAAGACACUCGUAUGCUGAAUAAAUGGAAGAAAGAUUCAUUUGUAACACGAUUCAAUCGUGACAAGCUCGAGGAACGCAGACGCUUGGCAGAGACGGUUAGUGGAGAGUAA